AUGCAAGCAACAAAAAAGUCGAAGAAGAAUGUAUAUGGAAAUCAUGAAGAAGAAUCAAAGAAGAAGGAGAGACAUAUAGUCACAUGGACUCAACAGGAGGAUGAUAUACUUCGGCAGCAGAUUAGCCUACAUGGGACUGAAAACUGGGCGAUCAUUGCUUCUAAAUUCAAGGAUAAAACCACAAGACAGUGUAGAAGAAGAUGGUACACAUAUUUGAACUCUGAUUUCAAGAAAGGCGGAUGGUCACCAGAGGAAGAUAUGCUCUUGUGCGAGGCACAAAAAAUAUUUGGAAACAGAUGGACAGAAAUUGCAAAGGUUGUUUCAGGCAGAACGGAUAAUGCUGUGAAGAACCGCUUCUCCACUUUGUGCAAGAAGAGAGCAAAAUAUGAGGCUUUAGCGAAAGAGAACAAAAACACACAUAUCAACUUAAAUAACAAAAGAAUCAUAUUACAUAAUGGGCUCAACACAGACGGAGCACUGGAAAAAGGUCCUCUAUUUAAGAAAAUAAGGAAGUCCCACAUCCCUAGUCUUCCAAGAAACUGCAACUUUGGUGACAGAUCACACCCACAAUGUGGAAAUCCGCAACAGAGACCUCCAUUUGCAGUGUUGGCCCAAAACUUCCACAAUAUUAACGCGGCUGACCAGCAUCAUGUCAGCAGUUCCAAGGAAGUCUCCAUUGAUGCAGCUCAAAACAGUAGGAUUCAAGGAACAUUUCUCAAAAAGGAUGAUCCAAAGAUAACUGCUCUAAUGCAACAAGCAGAGCUUCUCAGUUCACUUGCAUCAAAAGUUAAUGAAGAAAAUACAGACCAGAGUCUGGAAAAUGCUUGGAAGGUUCUCCAAGAUUUCCUGAACCGGAGCAAAGAAAAUGAUCUUCUUGGACAAAAAAUCUGUGACAUUGAUUUUAAACUUGAAGAUUUUAAAGACUUGAUAGAGGAUCUAAGGAGCAGUAACGAUGGAAGUCGACCAUCUUGGAGGCAACCUGAUCUAUAUGAGGAGUCUCCAGCCAGUUCUGAAUACAGUACAGGAUCAAUUCAAUUGCCAUACGCAGCCCCUGAUAAAACAGAACAAACUAAAGUUGAGAUUGGUGCAAUGCGUAAGGAUAUUGGAAUUGAAUUGCAAAUGGUUCAUAUAGAUGAGGAGAAUUUUGUGGGGGCAUGUGAUAAAGAAAUUAUUUCCAGUGCAAAUAUAACCCAAGUGGAGAUGUUUCCAUCCUGUGAUGCGCAAACAAAAGACAACAUAGUUGUUGCUGCCCCAUCAAUUACAGAGUUCAGUUCCCCUCUUCAAGUUACCCCACUUUUCAGAUCCUUAGCAGCAGGAAUUCCCAGCCCAAAAUUUUCAGAGAGUAAUAGCCUGUCAAAUUCCAUAUACACUAGGAAGCUCAACCAGAUCUUAUGUUUGAGAUGCUACCCAGAAAAUGCUGUGAUUGGACCAUUAUCCACUGAUGUAAAAGGAGAGGAACUUCCUACUAAAAACACUUGGAGUGGAGUCUCCUUGCCCCAAUCUAAGCAUCAAUCCUUCUCAACCACCCCUGUGCAAAAGGGCCCUUCUGCAAAGUCUAUAGCAAACCUCUCCGAUCUAUCUCAUAUAAGGGACAUGAUCUAG